UAUUGAGCAAUUUAUUUUCGGCUGUAGAGUGAUCUGCAUGAAUAAUUUAUUUGUGCUUUCAUAAUUUCAGACUAUUUUGAAUUCACUUCCUGAAAAACAAAGAAAUGAAAGCCACACCUACACCCCGUAAUAGAUAUAUAGUGAGCAAACUUUCAUUUCAGAUUAGAAGCUGCGUAGGACAUCUUUUUUGCUGAUAGCCUAUACUGAAAAGGUUUUUCACAGCCAUGAAAAUACUUCUCCUUGCUGCACUGGUUGCCUUGAUUCAUGGCAGUUAUGCCACUUUGCUCAUUAAAGGGCCAACCAACCCAGUUCUGGAGGGAGAGACGAUCACACUGGAGUGUCUGUUCUCAGACUCUGAAGUCAACAUCAGCCAAGUCCGCUUUGAGAUCUUCUCCAAGUACAUGCAGAGCUGGCGUCCAGUUUUUGAGCGAUCAUGGUGCUACUAUUCGAUGGAAAUUGUGCGGACAGCUGACAGUCUAGUGCUGUCCAUCCCCCAUGCAGGAAGGUACUCUGAGGGGCCCUACCGCUGUGUGUCGGACGCCGAAAAUGUGACCGCACCAGACAACUCCUCCCAGCCUCUGGCCUUCAAAGUGAAUUACAUGGGAGAGCUGCUACUGUCCAGGGAGGGCUACACCAGCUACCUGGGUGUCCCACAGGAGCUGAAGGUGCAGCCCGGGGAUGACGUGGUGCUGAAGUGCUCUGCAAGCUCAUCAGAAGAGCCAAGCUACUUCUGGCACAAAGAGGGUAGCGACUGGAUCCUGCCUUCCUCUAAGCUGACGCUGAAGAAGGUGAGUGCGACGGAUGGAGGACUGUACACCUGCAUGGCUGAGCAUCCUUCCGUGGAGUCACUCAGCAAGAAACGCACAGUCAGCAUCACCAUACUGCCCGAGGAUGCCCCCUGGUAUGAGUCUAGUAAUGGCCGUCUCAUUUUGAUGACCUCGGCGGCGGCUGUGGCUCUCUUGGUGUUCAUCCUUUCCGUGAGUGUAUUCCUGUGCCGCAGGGCCAAGCAAGCCAGGACCAGCAAGGGACCCAUUGAUGACCGGUCUCAGAAAAAGCCCAUCUACAAAGCCAGUUCGGAGUCCCUACCCUCUGCCUGUGGAGACAAACAGCCUCUGGUGUGACUGCACAGGCAGGUGAAAAGGAUGAAGAGGGGAGGGGGGAGGGGGGGUGGGAGGAGGAAGAUGGAGUGGGUGGCCAGAAAAUGAGGGAUGGCAUAGAGAGGAUACUUAAAGAGGGAGGAAAUGGUAUAGGGUUAUGGAUGGUUACAUUGGGGGAGGAGAGAGGGAGGAAAGGAGGGAGGUAAAGAGGGGUAUUGGAAGACUGUAGGGAGAACAAAAUCAAAAUCGGUAACAAGCUGGGUGUAUGAAAAAAAAAAACUGAAGGGGAAAUGACUGCUUUAGGGACACAGAGGCUGCUUGUGGGAGUAGACUGAAGUCAUGUGUCUUGGACAAAAAAGGUGGGCAAUUUUAUCUUCAUUUAUUGUGCAGUGUGGAAAAUGGGGAGCUACAUUCUUAGGCAGUACGAUGGGAGGAUGAUUCUUGUGUACUGUAAGAGCUGAAAAGCCUGAACAUGCAAUUCUCUCCUUUCUGUUGCAAACAUAAUUGCUCAGCUGUGUAUUUUGAAUGAACCAUUUGGGCGACAGGAAAAGGUUUUAUUUUGUUGAUUUGUUUUCCUUUCAGCCUUUUUUUUUUCCAAAGCAGAACCAGCUCAAAGGAUCUGUGAAAAUGUUAUUAUAAUCUCUUUACCAUGACAGCUCUCAAGCACAUUGCACUCUACUGUUUAAUUUAGUGUACUUUGGAUUUCUUCUAUAUUAAAUGGCUUUCAGAAUAAAAUAUUAUUUACUGUC